UAGGGGAUGAUUUGACUGACAAUGGGAAGCACAAUGCAAAGAUUGGCGACGUCCACGACUUCUCUAAAAAGAAACACUCCGUCGUAUACGUAUUGCCUCGCAAACCCGGUCGUUAUUUUUACUUUGAGUCCCAGCUUCCUCAAGUUCUUAGUAUUUAUGAAAUAGAAAUUUAUGAAGAAACACAGCGUAAGUUUGUCUCAUUUGAUUCGUAUAAUAAGAAGAAGAAUAAUGAUCAUAGAAAUAUAUAAUAAUUAAGAAAUACUAUAGAAAACAUUUUCCGCGUUUCUAUACUUUUUGCAGUCAAAUUCAGGUCUUUUUGCUUACAUUAUACUGCAGUAAAAUAUGGCGUCAAAUUUAAAACAUCAUUGAGGAUUAUAUAUUACGAUAUUUGUAUUACUAUUUUAUGUUUCAACCGCCAGAUGCAUUUGAAAAGGUAGCUAACUGUAUAAACUAGAAAAUAAAACUAAAACAAAAUAAUUUUGAGAGGUACACCUGCAUGCAAAAGGUUUUAUGUUCUGAACGCUUUUCAUCGCAAAUAUAGGCGAUAUACUUAGAAAAAAAUGCCUCAAGGGGCUGUUUACAUGAUCCCGGUUUGACAAGACGGGAUGAUUUUGAUGUGUUGAAAUAAAUCACCUGGCUUAAUGAAAGUUCAAACUGCUGUAUAUUGCUGCAUGAACAACCUUUCGUUUACAAUAUACUGUAUAAUAUCUAUUACUAGAAAAUAAUGUCGUUUUGCUGAAUCAUGCACCGCGUGACUUAUAGUUUUAGGCAUCUAUAUAUAAAGGUUAUCCACACUGAAGGGCUAGCUAUUUUCAUGAUCCCGCGGUUUGCCGAGACGGGAUGGAAGGCGGGAUGAUUUUGAUAUUUAAAUAAAUCACUGUAGGCUUACGAAAGUUGAAACGCCGGUAAUUGAAAUAACUCAAAUGUUGUCGAGAAGAUCUCGUAUAUAGUUCAAGAUUAAGAAGCAAAUCACCCCAAAAUUUGAUGUUUUUUCGCUUACGUUUGCUCUACGAUUAUAUUUGUAUUCAGUUACCCACGAUAUAGGAAAGAAUAGGCCUUUAGACGUCUUUUGAAUGUACUUUUAUGUGAAAAUAAUACUUACUUCGAAGGGCACUUUUCGUUUGAGUAUAUGCGCGAUAUUUGUUAUGAUAUAUAUAGGAAAUUCGCCUCGCGCGCAGUGUCUGUUGAGGAAAACUGGCACUAGGACCUUAUGCACAGGUCUUUGACUCCAGUUACCGCCAGAUUUGAAGUCUUCGUGAAAUUUGGCGCAUUUUGAUAGCAAAUUAAUCUUCAUUCAUGGUGAUUUCAAAAUAAAUCACUAUAGGCUUACGAAAGUUGAAACGCCGGUUGAAAGAAUUCAAAUGUUGUUGAGAAGAUCUCGUAUAUAGUUCAAGAUUAAGAAAAUUAUUAUGAUAUUGCUGCUUGAACAACCUUUUGUUUACAAUAUACUGAAAUCUAUAACUAGAAAGUAAUGUAGUUUUUCUGGAUCAUGGACCGUGACUUAUUUUAAUGCAUCAAAAUCAUCCCGCUUAGCAUUGGCAAAACUAUAUUGGGUGUUACUAUUAGAUCGAACUUAUAAAUGGAACACACAUGCACGUAAAUAAUAUAAUUAAGUCCAAAUGCUCCAAGUGAGGAUAUCUUUUGGUCCAGCUAAAACGAGCUAAAGAAUGAUGUACAGUUUUACAAGACAUGUAUUUGACCAGUCCCUAUAUAUGCCAAAGUACCUCAGUGAAGAUGUAAAAUGGAUCCAAAAACGUACUCAUUCAAUUACAUAUAAUCCUGGCCUCAAAUAUGAAGACGCCCUAAUGGAAGUGGGUUAUCAACCAGGGGUGGAAAAAAUAUUUUGCUUUCUGGGACCGCAAGAGGUUCAUUGAAAAAUUUUCUCUUAAUAAUCAAGUAAAUCGACACUUGGACAUUGUAACCGUGUGUGAAGGCGGAUUUCCAGUCCUCGCACGAAGCUCCUCGCAGCUCGCUGCGAGUGAUGCAUGAGCACUUUCAUCCAAUCACAAUGCUAAACAGUUUAUUUUAAUUAGAUGUAAUGGGGGGGGGGGGACUACUGGGAGCAUGCUUUCGGCCCCAGACAAUUUUGAAAAUCAGAUAUCUCACAGUGGCUAAGAAUGCAUUUGCUAUACAAUAUUCGAUGGUCUAUAUGUUUAUACACUAUUAAGAUGGAUGCACUUAUAAUUGCAUUUCUGAGGUUGAUUUAUCUUGAGCAGUAUUUUUGCAAGAUAAUAUUAAUUAGGAAAAACUGCUUAAUAUGCAGCAGUGGAAACGACUCGGCAAAAUUUCACUUAUAGGCUAGCGCCGCCCCUGCCCCUAAACCAAUCUAGAUAUCAGUUUACGAAUGAUUUUUUCUCUUUCACAGCUUUUAUAACAUUACGUACAGAUGAACCUGGGUCACGCAGUCGUAUAUUUUACGAGGGACAUGUCGCUGUGCUUACAUGCCCAGCUAUGGGUCAUCCAAGACCUCGAAUAGUCUGGGUGAAAGAUGAUGUCGUCGUACAGAACAAAACUACACACACAUAUCUAAAAUGGACGAUCAAUGUCACGAAAGGAUCCAGUAGCAAAUACGAGUGUUACGCAACAAAUAUUCAUGGCAAAGACUACUAUCCCAUCACCGUGACUAUUGCAGGUAUGGACAUUUUUGUGGACUUUCCAAUCAUUCUAAAAUCGUUCGUUGUAGGUUUGUGGUAACUCGCUCCUCACUUCCUCGAGCGCUUCAUCGGCUGCAUAGUUCGCUUUGUGUUCACAGUAACGGGCUAUUCAAAUGAGCUAGCUGGACUUGCCGGGAUGAAUGGACAACUUGCAUGUUAGACUAAAUUUUAAUCUAAGUAACGAGAAGGGAAUCAAACACAACAGUUAAAAAGAACAUAAUGAAAUUAGUAAAAUUGCAAAAUUUGAUUGCAAAAUGUUGUAAAAUACAGAAAAUAUAGCCUUGCGAAGUUUGCAUAUUUUCAGUAUAUUUGUAUUACGUGCGGAAAUUGUUACCAUUUUCGGCUCAAAAAUGGUAACAAUUUCCGCACGUAAUAUAAAUAUACUGAAAAUAUGCAAACUUCGCAAGGCUAUAUUUUCUGUAUUUUACAACAUUUCGCAACCAAAUUUUGCAAUUUUACUAAUUUUAAUAAGUUCUUUACGGGAAUUACUUUUUUUUGCCUAAAUCAAAAAUUAGUCUAACAUGCAAGUUGUCUAUUGUGUCACGGAAAUUUUUCCUGACCACAAAAGAUCAUUUAAAUGAACUUUACACUAUUACUGGGAUCAAACUAAACUAAUUCAACUUUGAAAUGUCAUGUUGGAUCUUUAUCAAAGCCGUGAUAAGAGCUUUAUUAAACGAAUCAUCACGGUUAAUCCAUCAGGUGGAUAAAUAAAUGCUUGACGAAUGAUUCGUCUUUGGUCAGAUAAAAAGUCACUGUAUCUCUAACCUUAGUCAAUCUCCAGACACGGUUUGAAUGUCCGCCAUUUUGAAUAUUGUCAAGGGGGUGAAUGCCUCUUGUAAGCGCACUGGCUUGGAACAUGACGAUAGCAUUGCAACGAUUACGCCAAAAUCAUAGGCGCCGACAGGAAGUCGGAUUUCCGUGUCGUGGCCUCUACUCUGUGGUACAGAGAUUCACAUUUGAUUUACACUACCACUACAAUUAACCAAUCAGAUGUGUUUAAUCUACCCGAUUAACCAAUCAAAUGCGUAUGAAGCCAGUGAGAGGUAGCGGUAGUGGAAGUUAAAUCUGAACCUCUCUUUUUAAUUAUGUUUGUGAUGUUACUCUGAGUGUGCAUCCACACCGAGUAAGCUGAAAAGUUUGCCUGACCACGGCGGGAAUCGAACCCGCGACCUUUGGGAUACUAGUCCAAAAAAAGUGUCAUUCCGCUCUUUUUAAGUUCCUUGGUGUAAUUUAAAUUCCUUCAAUUCCAGGUCGUUAUGACAUGUGUAUGAAACCAGAAGAGAUACGAGAUCCAACCAGAAAUAUUUUGUCAAUAGAAGAUCCUUCAGUCGCUCCCAAAUCAGAUGCUUCCACAUUUGAUCAAAACAAAAUGUACACGUUUUUCAACCCACAGAGCUCUCUGUAUAUGAAGGUAAUAGGAUGGUCUGACUAGUAUAAGCCUUGAACCUAUAAAAACAAGCGAAGAAAGUGUUUAUAAAGCCGUCAGAAAAGGUUGCAGAUUCAUUGAGGUAACACGUCGAAAUGUUUACACGUCGAAUUGUCUCGGAUUCAAAUAUUUCCGCACACAAAGUUACUCAUAUUUCCAGCUCAUAGUUUUCGGAUAUGGCUCAAAAUCGAGAUGAUCUCGUACUUUAUUGAAUGAUGUUUCUUCUUAUGUUCUAUAAUAAUAUUUUAUAAUUUACAACCCUUUUUUGUUGUGGGUUUUUUUAUGCUUAACAAAUAGAUAAGAUUUUCCCGUUGUCUGUUCAGUUAUAUAGAUACACAGUAUGACGUCAUAAUGUAGGAAAAACAAGAAAGUGGCUCACGAGGCGAGUGGGUCACUUUUUUGUUCUUCCAACAUUAUGACGUCAUAUUGUGUAUCUAUAACUGAACAGGCAGCGGCAAAAUCUUAUCUAUUUGUUUUAUAUAAUAAAAAGAAAACCCCCGAUUUAAACAGGUAAAAAUUACGGGAACCACUGAGUAUUUUAAUAAAAUAUAAAACAACGGUAACUCCGAAAAUAAACACUUUAAUAAUAUUCUAGCUUUCGACUAAGAUUCAGUCAUCAUCAGGAAUGAUGCUAGGUUACAUUACAUCGAUAUAUAUAUAUAUAUAUAUAGUGAAGAUUAAGUAAUUUGAUAUGUACAGAAACGAUUAGUUAAAUAUUACAAGUUCUUUUGAUGCCUUAGUUCCGUGAUUAAGAUCAGGUUCAUAGGCGUACCGGGCGGGGGGGGCGGUAGCCCCCCCAGUUUUUUGGGCAGUCGGGCAAUAUUCGAUCAACAGUCGGGCAAUUUUGGUUUGCAAUUAAAGAAAAUGGGACAAAUUCUGUCAAUUUUGUCUAAAAUUAAGUCAAUUUUUUGGAAAAUUUUGUGAUUUUUCGAAAAUUUUUGUUAUGUUCCGAAAAAUAUUGGUUGUCCGGAAAAUUUUUUUGACCCCUCAAAUGGUACACAGACCGAAAUUUUUUUGGCGGAAAUUUUUCCGGAAAAAAUUUUUUGGUACUAGUCGGGCAGAAUCCCGAAAAGUCGGGCAAUUUUCUUUCCGUCCCCCUAAUUUUUUCCUUCCGGUACGCCCAUAAUCAGGUUUAAGUCGUCUAAUGGCAAGUGCUUCCUGAUCAUUGGUCCUUAUUGCUAUUUAAGGAAGCACUUGCCAUUAGACGACUUAAACCUGAUCUUAAUUACGGAACUAAGGCAUCAAAAGAACUUGUAAUAUUUAACUAAUCGUUUUUGUACAUAUCAAAUUACUUAAUCUUCACUAUAUAUAUAUAUCGAUGUAAUGUAACCUAUCAUCAUUCCUGAUGAUGACUGAAUCUUAGUCGAAAGCUAGAAAAUUAUUAAACAGGUAAAUAGCUUACUUUUUAUGAAUUUUAUCCACCCAAACAUUUGGAAAUUUGAAAGUCUAAAUUUUACAAAUAUGACGCGUACAUAUCUAUACAAAUAAGGGAAUUAGUGCUAUCGGAUGAGGUUUUGUGUGACGUAAUUCCGUGCGUCUGUCCUCUAAUAGAUCAUGGCUCUCGACCAAUGAAAGCGCUUGAAAAAGUUGAAUUCAUAACGUUAUUAUAUAAAUUUAAAUCUGCUACCGCAGGAUUCAUUUACUGCAAUACGCAGCUUUCCGACUUUAAUUUCACUUAAGAAGGCUCCCUACAGUUUCCAAUAUAUGUCAGUGUUUUAAACUGAAAGCUAUUUGAGUCUAAAAAACCUAAUUUUUUGCACAAGCCAUUGUUUCCUUUUAUAUAAAAGAGUAAUUUUAACCCACAAUCGCUACCCUUCACGUUACCAUGACAACAUGACGUCACCAUCUAUAUGGCUUAUAUCAACCAAAAAAGCCGCCUUAGCGGACAAUAAGCACGGUGACCUACCUUUUUUAUUGCAGAAAAUACAUUGUUAUGAAGCUUUGAAUCUUUUUUGAAAGUUAUUUGAAAAUCGCCAGUGUAGUUUUUGAGAAACUGAAUUUCAGCCUUUUAGAUUGCAUUUUAGCCUUUGGAAAGGCUGAAAUUCAGUUUCUCGAAAACUACACUGGCAAUUUUCAAAUAACUUUCAAAAAAGAUUCAAAACUUCAUAACAAUGUAUUUUCUGCAAUAAAAAAGGUAGGUCACCGUGCUUAUUUGUCCGCUAAGGCGGCUUUUUUGGUUGAUAUACGCUGUAUAGAUGACGACGUCAUGUUGUCAUGGUAACAUGAAGAGUAGCGAUUGGGGGUUAAAAUUACUUUUUUAUAUCAGAGGAAACAAUGGCUUGUGCAAAAAAUGAGGGUUUUUUUAUUCAAAUAGCUUUUAGUUUAAAACACUGAUAUAUACUGGAAACUGUAGGGAGCCUCCUUAAGGUGGCUCGAUAUAGUUUUCAAAACUUCAGGGUAUAAUAGUUUGUCCGUUUUAAACGUCUUAUUUUUAGGUUUAGCAGAUAUCAGGACAUUCAUCUAUUCUGAUGUUUCUCCUUUUAAUAAGUAAAGCUUAGGAUUCUUCCUGUAGUGACCAAGGUAUGAGAAAGUCCGCCAGCAUGGCAGCAUGCUGCCAGGAAAUUUUUUUAAUCUCACAGGAAUUUUUUAAGGAAAAGCAAGAUACAAGAAUGAAGCUCGAGAAAUUUCAAAAAUCAGCAUGAAAGUAACAAACAUCACAAUUAGAGCAUAAAUACAGCAAUCAUAACAUAAAAAUUUGUAUCAUGUGGCAGUGCUACCGCUAUAUUUUUCUUAAUAUUGAGGUAGUAUAUGACUUAUUAAGGUGGUAUAUACGAUGCUGUUAUUGAAUUACAAUCAAAAUUCAAAUUUAUAAAAAAAAUUGACAGGAAAUUUUUGGUCUGGGAAGCCUGCUGCCAGGAUGAAAAAUAUUUUAUCAAUGCUUGGUAGUGACACUGGACCAUUACAAGGAAUUGCCUCAAAACUGAUUGAACUAUCCGGUUGAAAUAAAUUUAAUUUUGGUUUAGUUUACUUCUUUUCCUUGCUCUUUUUUUAGUUCGUAUCGUUUUCUCUUUAUAUAUCUAUUUUUGUGUCGACAUAUUUUUGUUCGCCCGAUUGUGGUUUUGUAAUUUUUCUCCCUUGCAGCUUGUCACAUCAUGCCCGCCACCUUCGUCAUGUGGCACAGGUGCCCCAGGCUGGCUCUCUGGUGAUCAUCCUAAACUUGAGGAUGGCAUGUUAAGAAAAAAAGUUUGCAUCCACUACAAUGGAGAUUGUUGUUACAAAGCUCUCUAUAUUUCUGUCAUUAACUGUCCUGGAAUGUUUGUGUAUGCACUGGAGAACUCUGCGUUUGACUUUCCUAUGAGAUAUUGCUUCGAAAAUGACAAAAACUGUAAGUUUUUAGAAGGAUUUCGGAAUAUUAAUAUUCUUCUUUAUCAAGGUGGCACAUCACUAGACUUGUAGAUGAAGUCGCCCGCCAGGCUAGUGGUUGGAGCGAAGGACUUUGGCCAGUCCCCAGGGCAAGGCCUUUUACCUCUGAGCAGGGCCGCCGAGGGGGGUGGGGGGCAUGGAAGAUUGGAGGGGUACUUUGGCAUGGGCCCCCAGUUGAAAAAGGGACCCCAAAGCAACGAAGUCCCUUACAAUUUCUUGAUGCAAGAUUGCUUAACGGAGAAUAUAAAUCUUGGCUGCGUUAGUGUCUGGGGCUAUGGGGCUCCCAGAGGUAAAAGUGAGGGGCUAAGCGGCUUAAAAGAAGAGCAAAAUUUCUGAAAAGUGAAAAAUAUACCAAAAAUUCGGGAUUUGGCCACAGUUUGCAUUAGUUUGCCUAAUGCAAACUGUGGCCAAAAAUGUAGGGAUCCCUUGAAACGUUUUCCCCCGGGCUCCACACUGUAUACUGUAAGUAUAAAGUUAGUUUAGUUUGGAUUUCCUUCUACAGUAAAUCUGUAAAUCUAUAUAGAUCAAUAAGUGACGACCUUCACUGAGAGAACGGUUUAGAACUGAUAAAUCUAUCUAUAAAUAGUCAGUUUAGUUUCAAAAAACUAUUGCCUUGGCGUAACGUCAAAAACAUAUUUCUAUCCUUUUUAGACGAGGCUUUCGCGCCAUUCCGAUCCGUCCCGCUGUUAUUUGGUGCAGUUGGUGGUUCAAACACUGCUUUGGUAAACCAUGUCGUUGCAAAGGAUCAUGGGAUAGAGGAUACGUCGCAGUGUUUAAUUGUAUGCAUGAUGAACAAAUGUCGAUCUUUUAAUUUUGACAAGUUGGAAAAAAUUUGCGAAGUAAAUAAUGUCACCAGAGACGAAUAUCCACGCGAUUUAUCUGCGAAGCCUGGAUUCCAGUAUUAUCAUCCGAUGAAGCAGCCUAUUGUUGUUAAUAAGGAUCACAAUUAGGUUGGUUUAGAAUUUUUGGUUUACGUUUACAUCUCUCAGGGUAAAUUUAGGGCUCAAAGAAAAGCUACAGAAAUAUCAAUCUCGAGCAGCCUUAAUAUUAA